AUGUCGGCCGCUGCUGAGGUUCAGAGGACGGCGGCCGUGGACCUGGGCGCCCUGCUGGACGCGGGCGAGGGCGCGGUCGUCACGCUGGUGGCGGGAGAGACGCGGCUGGCGGCGCACCGCGCGGUCCUGGCCGCCAGGAGCCCCGUGUUCCGAGCCAUGUUCCAGCACGACACGCUGGAGGCCAGCUGCGGCGAGGUCAGAAUGGCGGACGUGGAGGGUCCGGUGCUGAGGCAUCUAUUGUCUUACGUGUACACCCUGCAGGCCCCCCAGCUGACCGGCACGGCCCCGGAGCUGUUGGCGGCUGCCGACAGAUAUGGCCUGUCCGCCUUGAAGGCCGCCUGCGAACAGCAGGUGCUGGCGCAGCUGGAGGUGGAGACGGCGGCGGCUGCAGCUGUGCUGGCGGUGAGGCACUCGUGCCCCAGCCUAACUGCGGCCGCCAUCCACUUCAUAAGGUCUCAAACACACAAAGUAAUGGUGACGCAGGGCUGGGCAGACGCCGUGCUGCAGUACCCGAAAGACAUCGUCGAAGUCAGUCGGCUGCUCGGUGAGCCACCAGCAGAACCCAGCGCGCCGGCCGCCCCCGCCGCCCGGCCGCCCAGCGGCAGCAGCCGGACCACCGCCGCCACCCCCGCCGCCCCCGCCGACUCCGCCGCCCGGCCGUCCAGCGGCAGCAGCCGGCCCCCUGCCGCCGCCCCCGCCGUCCCCGCCGCCCCCGCCGCCCGGCCGCCCAGCCGGACCACCACCGCCGCCACCGCCGACCCCGCCGACCCCGCCGACCCCGCCGCCCCCGCAGCCCGCCGAUCUCCCUCGCCGCCCGACAGCGCCGCCGUCUCCCGCCUGCGCCGAAGUGUGUCCAAUGGGGCCGUGCGGCCAUCGGAGAAGGCGGCGGCAGCCCUUGCAGGCGAGCCAGCCGAGUACAGGGGGCAGCCCGGCCGGCGCUCGGCCCUCCCUGCAGCUCGCGUGCGCCACGCCGCAGCCGCCUGCUCGCUGGCAGGCGGUAGGGGGCGUCGCUCGCGAGGGCCGCCUGCCCUGGCCGCCCUCUGCCCUGGACGCGGUACAGUGUGUCCGUCAAGUCGUGCGCCCUCUCCGCUCCACAGUGCUGUCCCGGCGACCCAGUCUGGCGGCGCUCACUCCCAGCUCAGCGACUGCCCCGUCCAGAAAAAACACGGCACUGCGGGGAGCCUCUCUCGACAGGAGAGAGGGAGGAGGCUGAUAGAGGCGGCCAAGCAGGGUGCGGUGGAACAGCUGCGCGAGUUGCUGGCAGCGGGGGCGGACGUGGGGGUGAGGGAGGAGUGGUUCGGGAACAGCUGGACCGCCCUGCACUGGGCAGCAGGCAGGGGUCACGAGGCGGCGGCCAGCUGCCUCGUCGCCGCCGGCGCGGAGGUCGACGCCAGGGGCAGCCUGUAUCAGAGCACGCCCCUGCACUGGGCUGCAGAGAGUGGCCACGCUGGUGUGGUGCGGCUGCUGGUCGGCGCCUCUGCUGACCCCAACGCCAGGGAUCCGCUGGGGUGGACGCCGCUGCACUGGGCGGCAUAUCAGGGCGAGGCAGGGGCGGCGGCUGAGCUCCUCCUGGCGGGGGCGGACAGGGGGGCCCGGGAUGACAAAGACAGGACCCCCCUAGACCUCGCCAGGAACAACGGAAAGCAGCAGCUGGUGGAUAUGCUGACACAACGCUGA